AUUUAAGAUUUUUGUUUGGUAAUGAAUAUAAGAUAGAUAUUUCUGCCUAACUUUUUGUUUCUAUGGUUGUUGCUCUUUCUUCUCUUUAAACAGUACAACAAUCUAGUAGUACCUAGUGGAGAGGUUUAACCCCAUAUUUCUUUCUUCACUGUUCUUUGCCUUUCAUUUCUGGAGUGAGUGGGAUUCAUGGCUACAUCAAAUGGGUCAAUCUUUGCAACUUCCGCCCAAACCUUUUCGGCUGUGAGUUCUUUAUCUGCCAAUAAAGGCAGUCAACUUGUUCCCAACCCACUAGCUAGCAAUUUUAUGGGGUCUUCACUUUCAAGAAGUCUCCCUGAGAAGAAUAAGAAGAAAGUUCUCAGAUUUAAUGGGAAAGUGUAUGCUGCUGCAGCUGUAUCCACAAGUCCUGUGGAGGAAAUCAAAGAGUUCACUUUGCCAAGCUGGGCUAUGUUUGAACUUGGAAAGGCCCCUGUAUAUUGGAAGACAAUGAAUGGUCUUCCUCCCACUGCUGGAGAAAGAGUAAAGGUCUUCUACAAUCCAGAUGCAACUAAGCUUGUUCCAAACGAAGAAUUCGGGGUUGCUUUUAAUGGAGGUUUUAACCAGCCUAUUAUGUGUGGUGGGGAGCCCAGGGCAAUGCAAAAGAAACUUAGAGGAAAAGCUGAUUCCCCAUUAUACAGUAUCCAAAUAUGUGUUCCCAAGCACGCUAAAAACUUGAUCUUUUCAUUCACAAAUGGAGUUGAUUGGGAUGGUCCUUACAGACUCCAAUUUCAGGUUCCCAAAUCUUGGCGAAACAAGCCAAUUGAAUUCUUUAAUGAGGGUCUAGCAGAGGAGUUGAGCAAAGAUGGUGCAUGUGACAGAGCAAUUUUUCCAGAUACAAGCAUAGUAGUAACAAGAUGUGCUAUGAUUGGGAAUUUGUCAGCUGAAGGGGGCGAUCGUUGCGAGCUUAAUCUCGUAAUGGGAUGCACAGAUCCUAGUUCCCCAACAUAUGACCCUCUUGCCAAUGUAGAUGAUGGUUGCCCUAUUGAUUCAGACUCAGAGUAGUAUGUUGCUGCUUUUUCCCUGCUGAAUUCAUACACAGACAUUCCCAUACCUUGUACUAAGCAGUGUGUAGCUGCUAAUAGUUGUCAUUAUACUAUUGCUACCAAUUCUUGUAUUGGUCUCUACAUUGACCAUAUAUGUAUAGGAGAAAGAAAGAUUAAUGAUAUUUAUCAUCUCAUACGUAUCUACUAAUAAAUUAUUACUUGUAUAAUUAA